GUAGCCUGACGGGGAAGUUUUUUUUUUGGUACCGAGCGGAGAGGAGAUGCACACGGCACUCGAGUGAGAUCCAGAAUGAAUUUUUCUGAAGAGUAGAAAAACAUCCAAGUAACAUCAGAACUGGGGGUCAAGAAGGUGGAAAAGUAUUACGGAGGCCAGAGGUGAGGGGACAAUGCGAGUCCACGUGCACACCAAGUUCUGCUUCCUUUGUGUGCUCACCUUGCUCUUCCAUCAGUGCAGCCACUGCCAUGGACAAGGGCACCAUAAGCACAGCGGACAUCACCAUGGCGACCACAACCUUGCCCACAGCGACUUGCAGAUUUCCCAGGCACCAUACAUGAGAGGAGCCACUCCGUCCCCAGGGUCCAAAAGCCCACAAGGAGAUGUGCUAGAGGUCGAGCAGCAUUUCUACAUCCAACAGCUGUUUAGUCGUUAUGGCCAGAAGAACCGUCUGGACUUCCAGGGCUUUCAGAGUCUGCUGCUCAGCCUGGGCCUGGGCAAGGUGAAGGUGGUAGGCAUAGAACAUGAGGAUUUGGGCCAUGACCAUGUAGCCCACCUUGACCUGCUUGAUGUGCAGGAGGGACUUCAUUCACAUUCACACACCAAUGAAGGCCACAGCCAUGGGCAUGGCCACAGCCACAGACACCCACACCUGAGGCCCGGUUCCCACCACACACACACAGAACAAAGCCCCACACGCUGCAGCCAGCAGACUACUGUUGUCAGUCCAACUGCUGGUCCACCAAUGGAGCAUGAUCAUAUACAUGAUCAUGAUGAUGUCAAGUUAAAGGACAAUAACUAUAAACAAACUAAUGGACAGGCACAGGACAGUGACCACACACAUGAUCACAAUCAUGAUCAUGACCACAACCAGGAUCAUGCACCUCAAAAAGAGCACAAACAUAAGCAGGACCAGCUUCCUGCCCACAAUGAGGACCUCUCUUCUCAACCUCAUGUUGGCCAUGACCACAGUCAUCAUAACCACAAUGGUCAUGACCAUGACCACAAGCAUCCUCAAACACAAAUGAGCACAGACAUUCCCCCCACCCACCAGGAGCAGCCACCCUUGGCUCAAGAAGAGCAGUCACAGGCACCCCAUGAGCAGCAGUCAGAGGCGGCCACUUCAAGGGCAUCAGCUACUCCACCCUCAGCUGUUUUUAGCACCAAGCCCUCUGCCACCCCUACAGACCCCACAGAUAGCAGGCCCAAGAGGCUGAGAAAACCAUCCAGGGGCAGGGGGCAGCGAGGGCGAAACAGAACCCCUUCUCCUCUCACACCUUUGUCCGUGGAAGAAGACAGUGAUGCCCAUGACCAUGAUCAUGGACAUUCGCACACCCAUUCCCAUAAAAAUAAGAGAGAAGCACCAGGAGCGGGUGUCACUUCCACCGUGCCAGCCCCCGUGUUGCCUGCGCAUCCAGGGGGCCUGUUGCACCGGCAUGAAGAGUGUCUAAACCUGACGGAGCUCCUCAACUACUACGGUCUGAAUCCUGACUCGCUCAUCUCCCCAAGCCAGUUUACCUAUCUGUGCCCUGCCCUGCUCUACCAGAUAGACAGCCGUGUCUGCAUCCGACACCACCAUGAAAUGGAUGUGGAGCAGGAAGCCUUGGAGCCAGUCAACUCUGUGUGGGUAUGGGUGUGGGGCUUCGUAUCCAUCACCAUCAUCAGCCUGCUGUCCCUGCUGGGUGUGGUGCUCGUGCCCAUCCUCAACCAGUCCUGCUUCAAGUUCCUGCUCACCUUUCUUGUGGCCUUGGCAGUGGGCACACUGAGCGGCGAUGCCCUCCUUCAUCUGCUGCCACAUUCUCAGGGGCAGCACGACCACAGCCAGGUUGGGCCGAGCGAGGAGGAAGAUCUGGCAGUAGCUUUUGAUGGAGUUUGGAAGGGCUUGACGGCGCUGGCUGGCAUCUAUCUCCUCUUCAUCAUCGAACAUUGCAUUGGCAUGUUCAAGCAUUACAAAGAUCAAGGGGGCAGUUUGUCUAGCAUGAAGAAGAUGAAUGAUGAAGGCAAAAUUGGCAGGAAGUUGUCUGAUCACAAGCUAAACCGGCGCUCGGACGCUGAGUGGCUCCACCUUAAGACUCUGAGUGAAGGUCCUGACAACAUCUCCUGUGACAAGGGCCACAACGACACACAGCUCACAGAGGUCCAGACACCCGACUCUCCUGUCAACAAGGUGUCGCUGGUACCCACAGAUACCCACCAUGACGAGCAGUCGCCUGCCAAGGAAAACGGACGCAAGGCCAAGAAGCACAGUCACGGCCAUGGGCACUCGCAUGGCCACGGGCACUCACAUGGUGGAAACUGCCAUUCAGACCAGGAGAUGAAGGAUGCUGGCAUUGCCAGUAUUGCCUGGAUGGUCAUCAUGGGGGACGGCAUGCACAAUUUCAGUGACGGCCUGGCCAUAGGUGCAGCCUUCAGUGCGAACAUCACAGGAGGCAUCAGUACAUCAGUGGCAGUCUUCUGCCAUGAAUUACCUCAUGAACUUGGUGAUUUUGCAGUGCUGUUGAAAGCAGGGAUGUCUGUGAAGCAAGCCAUUGUCUACAAUCUGCUGUCUGCCCUCAUGGCUUAUGUCGGCAUGCUGAUUGGCACAGCUGUGGGCCAGUACACACACAACGUCACCAACUGGAUCUUCGCCAUCACGGCGGGCAUGUUCCUUUAUGUGGCUCUGGUGGAUAUGUUGCCAGAGAUGCUUCAUGGGGACAGUGAGGACCACAAGCGCUGCCAGCUGGGACACUUUGUCCUUCAGAACCUGGGUAUGCUGACUGGGUUUGCCAUCAUGCUGCUCAUCGCCAUCUUUGAAGACCGCAUCGUUAUCGACUUUGGCUUCUAGUCUGGGGCGGGGAGGGGGUGGGAGGGUUUGGGGGGGUCGUGGUUAGGGACUAAGGGAGAGUAGAGACAGACAUGUCAAUAUUGUGCUUCUUGGCCUUAACAUGCUUUGUUUGCAAUGUGAUGGUCCAGUCUUGCAUGCAUGGUGAAAUUCAUUCAUGCCCUGAGCCACCAUUCCAAACCGAACCAGUGGCUUAUGCAUAUGUCAUGAUCAUGCUAAUGAUGUUUACAUUUUCCUCCUGCCGCCUCUUGUCUGUCGAUUCUGUUCCGUUCUGCUCUCUGUGAAUCAGAAAACCAUACUGAAGGAAGACUCUGAAGGUUGCACUCCUACCAGCAAACAGCUGCUCUACUCCAGGCUCAGUAUACCACAGUCAUAGUAGCCACCACAGCUCAGCUCUUCUAGCACUCUCCUGUUAAAAAUUCUGGAAAGCCAAACAGAAACACAUGUUGGAGUGGAUCCAGCUGGAAGGAUCAUAUCCUCACGUACUGUGAGUGUGCACUGUUGCCUCCUAGGAUCUGUCUUAGAGACAGAGUGGACAGUAUACAUGCUACCAGCUCCUAAUCUGAGAAGAGCUGCUCAAUAGUAAGGUGGUGCAUGGUGUGUUUUCCUGCAGAGAGGCCUAGCAGCUCAUCCCUCAUUCAUCAUAGCCUGUUGUUAGUAUGUUGUUGUUGUACCUUCUACUUGUACUCAUCUUUUAUCAACCCUGUGCUGUGUCCCAUCAUCCAUGCCUGGUACAUCUGUGAUGUGUUCCACUGGCCAUCGAUCAUCAACUUGUGAUGUCAUUAUGCUGUACAUGAAACACCUCUGUGCCAAGCCCUGGCCACUGGAGCAGCACCACAACCACUCCGCACACUGUCACAGUGUCCUUAAAGAGACUGACAACUGAGCUCCCUCAACUAGUUUCAGCAAGUUUCUCAGUCUGGUAUGAACCUGUUGGCUCAUGUCACUUUGAAAACAUUUUGACAGGUACUGCGCUGAUGUGUCAAAACAGGAGUAGUUCCCUGCAUUGACAUGGGAGAUUGUGUAAAUGGCUCAGUGUUAGAUUUACUGCAGGUUUGUCAAUUUUUUUUUCAAAGUCAUUUUUUUAUUGCCUGAUUUGAUCAUAAUUUGAAGUAUUGGAGUUACAUAGCUCAUAGUGUCCAGAAACUGCUGCCAAUGCCUUUAAAAAUUAGAAUGUAAGACUAGUCAAGUUGUUCUAGAAAGUUGUUAAUUAGCAGUGUUGUCUGACCGCUGGUUUUUAGGGUUUGACAGUCUGUUGAUAGGUAAAAUGAGGCAUCCUUGUUAGGUCUUUAUAUUUUAUCUUGUGUUAUAUGAAUCAGCAGCUUCAAAAUGUGAAUUUAGAGAUUUUUUUUUUUUUUUUUUUGGACUUCAUGAAAAGUAUUUAGUUUACUUGAUUAUUUAGGGUGUCAGGUACGGUCCCUAAAAGGUGCUUUGUCCAAUUAGAUCACCCUGCUGUUGCCAUUUCACUGAAUUAGGAGAUAACAAAGUUGUGCUGUCACACCAAUGCAUACCUAAUUCAGAAUUACUGAUGUACUGUUAAUACAGAAGAUCUUUGAGGUGUCAGUAAGCGUGCAGCUGAAAAAAAUAUCAUUCCUGAUAAAACAUUUUUAAAGUUCCUUUGUCAAAGAACUUACUUGUUGAUUCUGACAAUCCAAGACAGACCAAGCAAAAUCAACACCCUUGUAUCAGAACAGAAUAUGCUGCAUGUGUUCAGAUGUCGGCAUUCUUUGCACUUGUAAUGGAUAUUUAAACUUCCUUAUCAAACCAUAGGAAACAAUGGCAUUCUUUUUUUUCUAGAUUUUUGAAAGCAUUUAUCAUCUUCCAGGGGUGUAUAUUAUACACACUCUGCUGACUGUAUCAAACAUGGCUGAAGUUUGGAUCUUAUGUACCCCUGGAUCUCUGUGCUAAUAGUGGCUGGUGCUUGUCACCGACCCCAACCCUUGACAUUCCAUUGGCUGUUUUGCUGCUCACAUGCUAAGCUAGCUAGGCUGGCUUCAGCUGCUGGAGCACACACAAAAAUGUGUGACUUCAUUUAUCCUGUCACUGUGUGACAUCCAUCGUCUUUGUCGUAAUUGGGUGUAAGUCAUUGUCGGUCACAUUGAACUAACGUACUCGAUCUGACUGAAUCAUGCAUGAAGCAUGAGUGACAUGGUACAGACAUUGUGUAGAGUGUAAACUGUUUAAUGCAUUUGUACAGAAAGAUCAAAAUGUUGACAACACUUGUUACUUUUCUUAAUUAACCGCAUGUGAAGAUCAUGACACGUUCUUUGGGGUUUUGAGUAGCUAAGACUUUUAAGACUUUUUUUUUUUUUUUUUUUGUAUUUACUCAGCCGUAAACAAAUGAUGUGGACUUCACUUCCAGUGGGAGCACAUAUCUUACCAUCCAUCAGUCUUCUCCAUCUAUUUACAGCUGCUUUAUUUUCAAACAUUAGCAUUAUGUAAACUUGUAUUGAUAUGGAUGCACACCAUGUGAAUCUGGAUCCAAUUCCAUCCUAGUUCAGAGGUUUUUGGAUUGGGGGACAGAUGUUCUCAGCAGUGCCAAACAGUUUCAGAGGAGGCUCAGAGCCAGAAGGUGAACAAGAGGCUCAUGGAGGUUUUUUUAUUAGUUAUCAGAGCCCAAGUUGUGGAAUAGCCUCAAUAUCGGUUAUCUGGUUGGGGGUGGGGUCUUCAUCUAAGCUUGUCGAGCCCACAGUCUGAGAUUUUGAAAAUCCCUAUUCUAGUCAAAUAUCAAAUGGAGAGCUAACCCAAAACAUUAUAGAUCCAUUUUGGGGUAAAAAUAAUGACCUGAUAUUCAUAAUUCCAAAGUCAAAUAUAAAAAUGUGUCACUAUUUUGUCCAUAAGGUAUUGUUUUUUUUCAGAUGGCGAAUAUGUUUGUGUUGAAUAACAGCUGUCUUAAAAUUUGAUUAACAGACUUUGAGAUCUAUUUUUUCUUGUCAUACAAGAUUAAUCAUAUCUACACUUGAAGGCCCUCCACUCAGUGCAUGUUGGGAUAGGCCCCAGCCCCCAGGACCCUGAACAAGAAUAAGUGGGAAUAGAAAAAACAGAUGGAUGGAUGGAGACUUACAAGUGGCCACUAUUGUCUUUUUCAGCUUGAUUGUUGUCAUAAUUUAAUUUGUUAAUUAAGGUGUAUGGCAAGGGCAGAGUCACACUUAGGAUCACCGUGCCCCAAAGAAUACCUCAUAUCUUCACUGUGAAUUGGGCAAAGAAAAAUCUGUUCCAAAAAUGAUGAAGGUCCAUGGUUAUUUUUAUCGUGUUGUAAAUAUAUAGAAAUCUUGAUAUGAAAUGCAUUGCAUCAUCCUUGCUGUUUACCUGUUGCAUUCUCCCCAUUAAGAAAGGAAAAUAAAUCUUGGAAUGAUUCCCA